UGAAAUUUGUGAAGGCAGUAGCAGCAGCAGGUCUAUAUGUGCAUCUCCGGAUUGGUCCAUACGUAUGUGCUGAAUGGAACUAUGGUGGUUUCCCUCUUUGGCUGCAUUUUAUUCCUGGAAUUCAGUUCAGAACUGAUAAUGAACCAUUCAAGGCAGAAAUGAAACGAUUCACUGCUAAGAUUGUUGAAAUGAUGAAGCAAGAGAAACUCUAUGCUUCACAAGGAGGGCCUAUAAUUUUAUCUCAGAUUGAGAAUGAGUAUGGUAACGUUGAUCGGGCCUAUGGUCCUGCUGCUGUACCCGACAUCAAUUGGGCAGCAUCAAUGGCUACAUCUCUUGACACUGGAGUUCCUUGGGUCAUGUGCCAGCAGGAAGAUGCUCCUAAUCCAAUUAUUAACACAUGCAAUGGAUUCUACUGCGACCAAUUCACACCAAAUUCUAAUGCAAAACCAAAAAUUUGGACUGAGGGUUAUACUGGAUGGUUUCUUUAUUUCGGUGGCGCUGUGCCUCACAGACCUGUGGAAGAUCUUGCAUUUGCUGUAGCACGCUUUUACCAGUUAGGUGGAACUUUGAAUAAUUACUAUAUGUACCAUGGAGGGACCAACUUUGGGCGGACUGCUGGUGGACCAUUCGUUGCUAGUAGUUAUGAUUAUGAUGCACCAAUCGAUGAGUAUGGAAUUAUUAGACAGCCUAAGUGGGGCCACCUUAAAGAUGUGCAUAAGGCCAUAAAGCUUUGUGAAGAAGCAUUGGUAGCUACUGAUCCAACAAUUACAUCUCUUGGUCCAAAUCUAGAGGCUGCAGUUUACAAUACAGGAGCUGAAUGUGCUGCGUUCCUUGCCAAUAUUGACAACACAUCCGAUUCAACCGUGAACUUUAGUGGCAAUUCAUAUUACUUGCCUGCAUGGUCUGUGAGCAUUUUACCAGACUGCAAGAAUGUCGUGCUUAAUACGGCAAAGAUUAAUUCUGCAUCUAUGAUUUCAAGCUUCACAACUGAAUCUUUAAAAGCGAUUGGUUCUUUGGAAGAUUCUAGCCCAGGAUGGAGUUGGAUUAGUGAACCUAUUGGUAUUUCAAAGAAUGAUUCAUUCUCAAAAUUUGGAUUACUGGAGCAAAUAAAUACGACAGCUGAUAGAAGUGACUAUUUGUGGUACUCAUUAAGCAUUGAUCUUGAAGAUGAUGCCGGUGCUCAAACUGUCCUUCACAUUGAAUCCCUUGGACAUGUGCUUCAUGCUUUCAUUAAUGGGAAGCUUGCAGGGAGCGGAGCAGGCAACAGAGACAAUUCUGCCAUCAAUGUGGACAUCCCCAUCACUGUUAUGGCUGGGAAGAACACAAUUGAUCUCCUGAGUUUAACUGUGGGACUUCAGAACUAUGGAGCUUUUUUUGACACAUGGGGUGCGGGGAUCACUGGUCCAGUGAUAUUGAAAGGUUUGAAGAAUGGUAGUACUAUUGAUAUCUCCUCCCAGCAGUGGACAUAUCAGGUUGGCCUUAAAGGUGAAGACUUAGGUCUGUUUAAUGGCAGUUCUGGACAGUGGAAUUUACAAUCUGCCUUACCCAAGAAGCAACCCUUGACUUGGUACAAGACAAACUUUGUUGCUCCCUCUGGCAAUAAUCCAGUGGCAAUUGACUUCACUGGGAUGGGAAAAGGAGAGGCUUGGGUGAGUGGACAGAGCAUUGGGCGAUACUGGCCUACAUAUAUCUCUUCAAAUGAUGGUUGUAACAACUCAUGCAAUUAUAGAGGGUCUUAUGAUUCAUCCAAAUGUCUCACAAAUUGUGGAAAACCAUCACAGAUACUAUAUCAUGUACCACGAUCGUGGUUGCAACCAGAUAGCAACACUCUUGUAUUGUUUGAGGAAAGUGGAGGCGACCCUACACAAAUCUCUUUUGCUAUAAAACUGAUAGGAAGCUUGUGUUCACAUGUAUCUGAAUCUCACCCUCCGCCUGUAGACUUGUGGAAUUCAGAUACAGAAUCAGGAAGAAAAAUGGGGCCUGUACUGUCACUUAAGUGCCCUUAUCCUAAUCAAGUCAUCUCUUCCAUCAAAUUUGCAAGUUUUGGAACACCUCAUGGGACAUGUGGGAACUUCAGCCAUGGAAACUGCAGCAGCAAUAGGGUUCUAUCCAUUGUGCAGAAGGCCUGCAUUGGAUCAAGAAGUUGUAGUAUUGGAGUAUCAAUUAAUACAUUCGGAGAUCCAUGUAAAGGAGUGACAAAGAGUUUAGCUGUUGAAGCUGCUUGUACCUAGCUUGGAUUCGGCUGGAAAGUACUUUCCAAUUGUCUUAGACUCUUAAUAAGAAUAAAAUGGUAUGGAGAAUUUGGUACGGAGAAUUUGGUACGGAGAAUUUAAUAAGAAUGUUGGGAAAGUAGGAUAGGCAAAAAUAUAUUAUCCAUGUUUGGUAUGUCUUAAAGUUACAAAAAACCAGUAUUUUAUUUUUCCCGUACUUUUGUUUUGAACUAGGCAAUGAAAAUAAAAUGGUAGUUUGAA